AUGGUCCCUCGUCAUCAAAACUGUAGACUCCCUCGGAGAUCUAAUAUCUGGUUUCUUGCUCAUCCGGAUGUGGUUUCUAGCAUUGUCUUUUCUUCCAGUCAGGUGAUUGUAGCAGAUUGCAUUUGGAUGUCGCGGCAUUUUCGAGUGGCUGUGGUGCAUGGGGCUAACAACCAGGUUGCUCGUCGCCAACUCUGGGCGGAUCUCCUUCAUUUCACCGAUGGUAAUACGGUGGUUAUUGGUGAUUUUAACGCGGUUAAGGGAGCUAAUGAACGACUGAGCUCGGCCGUUACUAACAGAAGCUCGUGUCGGGAGUUCUGUGCUUUUAUUGAUGCCUCGGGUUUCAUUGAGUCUCCCACCUCGGGAGGAUUUGAGUCGAUGUGGUCCAACAUUGUGACUCAUGCUCUUCCUCGAUUGACCUCGGAUCACUCUCCGUUGAUCUUGAUUUGCCGUGCUGAUUCUGGUCAGGGAAGGCGGUCCUUCAAAUUCCUCAAUAUGUGGGUUACUCAUCCAAAUUUUCAAGAGUUGGCUGCUCUUGGGACUCUUCUGAAUAGGAAGUCUAUUCUUCUUCAACAAAAGAGCAGAGCGAACUGGCUAAAUGAUGGUGAUCGUAAUUCGUCCUUUUUUCAUCACUUGAUUAAGUUUCGUAAAAGAGCGCUAAGGAUUGAACAUCUUAAGAUUGGAGACAAUAUGGUUUAUGAUCAUAGUAUCAUUGAAGCCCACAUCAUUGAUUUUUUCUCGAAUCUUUUUCGAGAGGAAGGGCAACGCAAUGUGGACAGAGUUAUGCUGGAGGCUAUUAUUGAUGAGUGGGUUACGGAGGAGCAAAAUAACACACUCAUUCGAAUACCAGAUGACGAGGAAAUCGCGGCUGCUGUUUUUGGAAUGGAUUCUAACAGUGCUCCGGGCCCGGAUGGUUUUUCUGGUUCGUUCUUUCAGAAUUGUUGGAGUAUCAUUAAAACUGACAUUGUUGUUGCUGUAAAGGCUUUCUUUUUAAAGAGUUAUUUGCCGACUGGUUGUAAUGCGAGUACUUUGAUUCUCAUUCCGAAGAAGGAGGCGGUGGACACUGUUGCUGAUCUUAGACUGAUCAUCCUCUCAAACUUCUUUUUUAAGAUCAUCUCGAAGAUUUUAGCUACGAGGUUGGGCGAUAUUGCUUCGAGAGGCGUCUCUCAGAAUCAGUUUGGGUUUAUUAGUGGCCGCUCCAUUCAUGAUUGUAUUGUGAUGGGCUCGGAGGGUUUUAGCUGUAUGAACAGAACUGGGCGUCGUUCGAACAUGGCUUGCAAGAUUGACAUCCGAAAAGCGUUUGAUACGAUGAACUGGAAUUUUAUUUUGCAGGUGCUUCGGGUGAAUGGCUUUCAUGAGAGAUUCAUUCAGUGGAUUUCGAUUAUCUUCAGCUCGGCUCGAAUUUCCAUUCUUUAUAAUGGACAGCUCAGUGGUUAUUUCGCUUGUUCUCGUGGUGUGCGGCAAGGCGACCCCCUGUCUCCGAUCCUUUUUGGUAUAGCGGAAGACGUGCUGAGUCAUCUUUUUUUGAACUGUGUGCGGUCAGGACACCUUGUGCCUAUGGACUACAGUCGCACUACCCAUUUCCCCACUCACCUGCUUUACGCGGAUGAUAUUUUAAUCUUUUGCAAAGCCUCGGUGAAAAAUGCUCGUAAAAUCAAAGAGAUUCUGGAGUUGUAUGGUGAUCUUGCUGGACAGAUUUGCAGUCCGGAAAAAUCCCGUAUUUUUUUCUCUGAAAAAGUCCAGCCGGGAUUGAGACAUGGGGUUUCGAGAUGUCUGGGUUUCGCUUCGGGAGAUCUGCCGGUCAUUUACUUGGGGGUUCCUUUGUUUGUUGGCAGAAUCAGGGCUUCUUAUUUUGAUUCUAUACAUGAUCGUAUUGUACAGAAAUUUGCUCGUUGGAAAGGUCUUCAUCUGUCUAUGGCAGGUCGUAUUUGCUUGGUUCGGUCGGUCAUUCAGAGCUCUGUCACGCACUCAAUGAUGAUUUAUCGUUGGCCAAAGUCGCUAAUACACAAUUUGGAUAGAUGCUGUCGCAAUUUCAUUUGGUCGGGUAGUAUUGACACGAAACCGGUUUGUACGGUUAGAUGGUCCAGAGUUUGCAGCUCUCGUGCGGAGGGAGGUUUAGGGGUGCGCUCGUUCUCUGCUAUGAAUGCUAGUUUUCUGAUGAAAUUAGCCUGGCGUCUUGUGAAAGGUAAAGAUCUUAUGGCGGCCACCUUGAGAACGAGGUAUCUCAAUUGUUUUGAUCAAGCGAAGAAUAAUAUUGCUUCCUCCCCGUUUUGGACAAGUAUUCGUGAUCAUGUGAGUCAGUUAGUUGAGGACUCUUAUUCUCUUAUUGGGGUGGGUGCUGCUACAAUGUUCUGGUGCGAUGAUUGGCUUGGCUAUAAAUUGAUUGAUAAGCUAAAGAUACCCUGCUACAUGUUAGAUUUCCUUACUCAGGCCGUGGAUGAGUAUUUUUUUGAUGGAAUCUGGCACUUCUCUGAAGAUUUCAUAAUCAACUAUCCUGAUAUUGUUAUUGAUAUUCUUCUUCUUCCUAUUGGUGGUGAUGAGGACACUCGUUUCUGGAAGCAUUCGGUUAGUGGAGAGGUCACUUCUGCCUCGGCCUACUCUCAUUCGAGCCAGGAUUUCCCUAAAGUUCUUUGGGGUAAAUGGAUUUGGGAGCUUUUCAUUCCGGAGAGACGUUCGAUUGUGUGCUGGCGUAUUAUUCACCAACGCUUGCCGACGGUGGAUAAUCUCAUCCGCCGGGGAAUUCAGGGUCCAAAUCGUUGUGCUUUGUGUAAGACUGCGGAGGAGUCGAUAAAUCACUUAUUUUGGGAUUGUGAGAUGAUUAAGCCUAUUUGGAGAGAGUUUUUGCAUUGGUUUAAACAAGAGGAUUUAAUGCAAUGUGUUGAUAUUCACAGUUUCAUGGUUAGCGCCUGGUCCUUGGAUUGCAGCUCGCUGAUCAAAACAUUUUGGAAGGUGGGUAUUAUUAAUAUUUUGUGGAAAAUAUGGGAUUGUCGUAAUCAUGCUAUUUUUGAUGAUUUGGAGUUUAACGCCAUAAUGAUUAAGAGCUUUAUCAAAGCGAGUUUUAGAGAGGUGGAUCAGCACUUCAAAAAACUAGGUAAUUCUGAUAAUACCUGGUCGGAUUAUCUCAUUUUGCGUUCGAUUGAUGUGGCCACUAGAGCCAAGCCACCGCCGACGAUGAUUGAGGUACAUUGGUGGCCUCCAGCUGUUAGUUGGAUGAAGGUCAAUACGGAUGGCUCGGCUCAUGGGACGCCGGGCAGUAUUGCUGCGGGGGGAGUCUUUAGAGACAGCUGGGGCUGGGUUCGAGGCUGCUUUCAUUUUAAGGGUGGGCGCGGUUUUGCCUUUGAAGCCGAGCUUCUGGCGGUGAUCCAUGCAAUCUCGAUUGCCCAUAAUCGAGGUUGGUUUUCUUUAUGGGUGGAAGCCGACUCUGCUUAUGUGGUUCGGCUUCUUCAGGCGAGAAGCAUGGACGUUCCUUGGCGCUUCAUGGGUCUUUGGAAGCAAACCAUUUUGAAGUUGUCAAACUUCAAUAUGCAGGUGUCGCACAUUUAUCGUGAAGGAAACAGCGCUGCGGACAUUAUGGCAAACCAUGAUCGACAUGAGGGGUGGUGGCCUUUUGCCAUUGAGGAGAUAAAAUUGGCAACCAAUUUGGAUAUGGCAACGCAUAGUGCGAUUCGCAUCAAGACUUGA